UCCAAAAGAUUUGGAGGAGUUGGAAAUGUUUAUGGUCGAGGAAUGGGAACGAAUCCCAGACGAGAUAUUAGAAUCUUUAGUCAAUUCGGCUGCUGUUGUUCGUUUUGCGCUUGCUUCGAAUAAUACUAAAGCUGCAGCCCACUUCAGUGUUGACAAGAGUCUGUCUCGUCGCGUUGGCGCUGGUGGAAAAGAACUUUUCCCUGCUGAGGAAGAACAACUUUACGCUUGGGUUCUUCAAAUGCGUGAGGCUGCCUUGGCCAUUAUCUACAUAGUCUUAAGAUUGAAAUCAAGUGAUAGAGCUGGAGAAACAGCAGGUGGAAACCUGAAACGUGCAAGCUUACGUACAGUGUGUGAGUGGGUUCUUGCUGCCUGGGAUGAAAUAAGCCCAGAAAUUAUUCAGAGGCAUUUCAGAAGUGUUGAUGGGUCGGAGGAUAAUGAGAUUUUACUGAGUUCGUCAAUACAGAAAGUGGUAAUGAAAGUGAUGCAGAAAUGA